AUGAGGUUGGAGAAGUGCUAUUUCUGCUCGUCAACGAUCUGGCCCGGUCACGGGAUGACUUUUGUGCGCAACGAUUGCAGUGUGUUCCGCUUCUGUCGCUCGAAAUGCCGUCGCCUCUUCGAGAAGAAACGCAAUCCAAGAAAAACGGCAUGGACCAAGGCUAGCAGGAGAGCGCGCGGUAAAGAGCUUGUUGGAGACACCACACAACAAUUGGAGGUGCGACGAAACGAGCCGGUCAAAUACGAGCGUGAAAUUUGGCAGAAAUCGAUUGAGGCUGCCAAGGAGAUCUCCGAGAUUCGCAAUAAAAGAUACGCUAACAAGAUCCGAAAGAAUCAACAACCAGGCAAAGUGGUCAAGAAGAUCGGAAUGAUCAAGAAGGCAAAGACCAAAUUGCACCUUAUCGAAGCUCCACUUGUCACAGCAAAGAAGGCCAAACAAGCACAGGCGCAACGCGAGCAAGAAAUGGAAAUGAAC